AUGCCGUCCAACUUGCGCCGGCUAGCUGCCGACCAUACUGCCUUACACCGCGAUCUUCCGCCGUACUACUUGAAGCCCUCGGACGGCGACGACCUGUCACAGCUGACAAUCCUUCUCACGGGCCCGGCAGGCACACCUUUUUCACAAGGGUUAUGGGAGCUCCAUCUCAAGAUACCCGAUGAUUACCCGAAGAGCCCCCCGAAAGCUACAUUUAAGACGAGAAUAUGGCACCCGAACAUGGAGGAGCUCACUGGAGCUGUCUGUGUAGAUACGCUUAAGCGAGAUUGGCAGCCGAAUCUUACCCUCCGCGAUGUGUUGGUGACAAUCUCAUGUCUGCUUAUCUAUCCCAACCCUGACUCGGCCCUUAACGCUUCUGCAGGCGCUCUCAUGCAAGAGAACUACGCCGCCUUCGCACACCAAGCCAAGCUCAUGACUUCAAUCCAUGCCCCGAUCCCACCCAACCUCAACGAUGCAGUGAUGGAAGCAAAGCUCCGGGGCGAGGAGGAAGGGUCCAUACUUGGACAGAAAGAAGAAGAGGCAAUCAUUCAACGCCGGCGAAAACAUGCCCGCACCCACACCGCCACGAUCAAGAAAAUUGCUCGCAACACCACUGCAAUCGAACAGCCAUCACAGUCCUCCUCAAAUCCUUUCGCCCAACCCUCCCCACCGGCGACAGACGACGUCAUGAGCGACAGUGAAAACGACGACCCCACUAGCGCAAGCAAAGAAAACAACCCAACUCUUUCCCCAUCUCCUGUUUACUUUGCUCCCCCAAGUCCCCGAAAAACUGCCUUGGGAAAACGCCCUCUCUCCGUCCUGUCAAUUACCUACCCUGAAGAUGAUGCAGACCUGAUGCUCAUCGACUCUGACAACGACAACGAUACCCCCGCCAUGACCUCGAAUGAACGAAACAUCACCGCAAACACACGUUCUCGUACUUCAUCACCACUACGGAAAACACCUAAGCUCUCCCUACUCUGUGGAGGAGUCAACGCCUCCGGCCGUCUCCGGGACGAGAUGCCAAUAUUUGAGGAUUUGCCCCAGCUGCCCAUGCAAGACCCCCUACGCCGUAUGAGCGGCGAUGGCAAAGAGAACCGUGGGUCUGCAACCGUGCGCGGUUUGAAAGAGAAGCGCGAAUACCACCCCAUGAAGACACUCAAUGGCUCUGCUCCCCCUUCUCCAGCACAUGCUCAACUACCCACGCCAUCACUUUCAUCAUCUCUCUCUGCCUCCCCCAAUUCUGGAAUCUCCAAGAAGAAAACCAUGAGUGGCCAUCACAAGCGCCUUGCCGUCAGAGCAAAGCCACGCAUUGGCAUUCGCCGGCUAUGA